CAUUAAUUCUCACACAUACAGUUUACAUUAUAUCCUUUUUUGUGUUCAAUAUCUCUUAAGGCAAAUUAAUUAACACUAUGGGUGUCACAACCUAUACACAUGAGACCACAACACCAGUUGCCCCUACUAGGUUGUUCAAAGCUUUGGUUGUUGAUUCUGACAAUCUUAUCCCUAAGUUGAUGCCACAAGUUAAGAAUAUUGAGGCUGAGGGAGAUGGAAGCAUCAAGAAGAUGAACUUUGUUGAAGGUUCACCAAUCAAGUACUUGAAGCAUAAGAUCCAUGUUGUUGAUGACAAGAAUUUGGUGACUAAGUAUUCAAUGAUUGAAGGAGAUGUUCUUGGAGACAAACUGGAAUCCAUUUCCUAUGAUCUCAAAUUUGAAGCUGCUGGAAAUGGAGGAUGUGUUUGCAAGUCCAUAACUGAGUACCACACAAAAGGUGAUUAUGUGUUGAAGGAAGAAGAACACAAUGAAGGCAAAAAUCAAGGCAUGGAACUUUUCAAGAUUGUUGAAGCAUACCUCCUCGCCAAUCCUUCUGUCUAUGCUUAAGUAAUGAAAAAUAAUCAAGUCCACACGUAAGAUAUAACGUGUUGUGACAUUACAUAAUAAUAAAAUAAUAAAAGUGUUUUAGUUGAAAGUUUAAUAUUUUAAAUGAGAUGAUCAUUCUAAGAAUUUGAAUUUUCAUUGUUACAGUGUUUUUUUGGUUGUGUGUGUGUUCUUUUUCCAAGUUUAUCAUGGGAAGAACUCCUAAUAAUAUAGCAAGCUUUGAUGUUA